AUGACAAGCACCGAGAGUGCUCUGGAGAGCGGAGACCAGCCUUGCAUCCGGCUGGAGCCCCUGAAGAACACGCACUUGCCGGGCAAGGCGACGCCGACCGGUGGCAGCCGCGCUGCCUUCAUGGACAGCAGCCCCAAAGUGACAGCCAACGGGGUGCACGACAUAGAGGACCGGAUCCUGAGGAUCACCGGCUACUACGGCUACAACCCGGGAUACUCCAGUCAUAGAAGAGAGGAUGGUUCUGAGUCUCAUGCGGAGACACCAGGCAGCGAGACCAGCGGAGAGAGCCAAUCCUACCAGACCUGCACCAACACAGCCCUGAAGGUGCUGGGUGGUCUGCUGAUGGUGCUGUGUGUUUCGUCCUCCUGGGUGGGUACCACUCAGGUGGUGAAGCUGACCUUCCAGUCGUUCUCCUGUCCCUUUUUCAUCUCCUGGUUCAGCAGCAACUGGAACAUCCUCUUCUUCCCCAUCUACUACUCUGGACAUGUGGUUACAACACGGGAGAAGCAGACCCCCAUACAGAAAUUCAGGGAGUGCAGCAAGCUCUUUGGGGAGGAUGGGAUGACUCUCAAGCUUUUUGUAAAGAGGACAGCACCCUUUUCAAUCCUGUGGACACUGACCAACUACCUGUACCUCCUGGCCUUGAAGAAACUGACCGCCACUGAUGUCUCUGCCCUCUACUGCUGCCACAAGGCCUUCGUCUUUCUCCUGUCCUGGAUCGUCCUCAAGGAUCGGUUCAUGGGUGUUCGGAUUGUGGCAGCCAUAAUGGCCAUCACGGGUAUUGUCAUGAUGGCCUAUGCGGACGGUUUCCAUGGUGAUUCCUUUGUGGGUGUGGCACUGGCUGUGGGCUCAGCCUCAACAUCAGCCCUAUACAAGGUGCUGUUCAAGAUGUUCCUAGGCAGUGCCAACCUUGGAGAGGUGGCUCACUUCCUUUCCACCAUGGGCUUCUUCAACCUCAUCUUCAUCUCCUGUGUGCCCCUCAUCCUCUACUUCACCAAGGUAGAGCACUGGGGCUCACUGUCCUCACUGCCCUGGGGAUACCUGUGUGGACUAGCAGGACUGUGGCUGGUGUUCAACAUCUUGGUCCAUGUUGGUGUGGUACUGACCUACCCCAUUCUCAUCUCAAUAGGGACGCUGCUCAGUGUGCCGGGCAAUGCAGCCAUAGAUGUUUUGAAACAUGAGGUGAUCUUCAGUGUGGUGCGCCUGGCAGCCACCUGCAUCAUCUGCCUGGGCUUCUUGCUCCUGCUGCUGCCAGAGGAGUGGGACUCAGUCACGCUGCGCUUCCUGGCCAACAUCGCAGACAAAAAGUCAGAGGAACACGGGGAGGAGCUCACGGAGUCCAGCAUCCACACUCGAAGCCGCAGCCGAGCAAAUGGCACCAUCUCCAUUCCCUUGGCGUGA